GGUAUGUUGAGAAAAUUGUGAUUGAGAGGUUCAAGGAUAAGGACCGGAGUGUAUUUCCCAUACAUCGGUGGGUUCCAGCAGGCUUUUCUAUCAAACUCCAGGAAUAUGACUCAUUGCUACCCCAACAAGACCCUGCGAUUGAACAACGGAAGCAAGAACUGGCAGAAAAACAAACUGAAUAUCAGUUUAAAGUGAAAUUGGAAGGAGGACUUGCCCAGAUAAAACAGUUGCCAGUGGAUGAACUUUUUACAAAGGACUUUGAGUGGGGUAUGAAAAUGGAUAUAGUGAAAGCUAAAGUUUCCUCGAAACUGCUUGAUAUAAUGGUUGGAAAGUUCAGUUGCUUAGAUGAUCUGAAAAAUAUAUACGGCGCACUGUUUAGGAUUCCAGAGGGAAUGCAUGGGUGGACGGAAGAUGAAUCAUUUGGGGCACAGAGACUGAAAGGAUGUAACCCUUCUGUCAUACGACUAUGUCAACAAAUACCAGACAAGUUCGCAGUUACAGCAGAAAUUGUCGAACCUUUUCUUGAGGGACACACUCUAGAAGAGUGCCUUAGCAACA